GUGAAGACACUUGGACGCUUGGACUUGCCACGAGGAGAAAAAGAGAAGCCAAUAGUUAUUAUGGAGCUUUGUGCUUUGUGUAUAACAGAGAGAGAGAGAGAAAGUGAAGAGAGAGAGUGCAUCGCCACAUAACAUUCACCAUAGCCAUAGAUUCGAAGUAAUACAAGUAGUGAAGAAGAAGAAAAGUGAUACUGUUAGUGUUGUUAUCACUGAUCUUGUUGCUUAGCGGUUUCUGCUCCGCUACUCUUCAAUCCACGCUUCCUUCUUCGUUUUCUCCCAACAACCACCACUUCCUCUCUCUCUCUCUCUCUCUCUCUCUCUCUUGCUGUUAAAUCUACCUUAUCUCACUCUCUCUCUUCUUGUGCUGUUUGCUGCUGCUGCAUCGUUUUCUUCAUUCUAAUCCUAACUGAUUAGACAAACAAACAUUAACACUUGUUUCCUCUUCGUGAAACCUCGAUUAAACGCUUCCUCCUUUCUUUUUUGGUCUUCUGAUGGAAACAUCGGAGAAUUGCUCUGUGAAAGUUGCUCUUCACAUUCGUCCCCUCAUUGCCGAUGAACGACAACAAGGUUGCUCUGAAUGUGUUUCCGUUACACCUGGAAAGCCUCAGGUUCAAAUUGGGUCACACUCCUUUACAUUUGAUCAUGUUUAUGGAAAUGGUGGGUCUCCUUCAGCUGACAUGUUUGAGGAAUGCAUUGCUCCAUUGGUUGAUGGCUUAUUCCAAGGAUACAAUGCUACUGUACUUGCUUAUGGUCAGACAGGAUCUGGGAAAACGUAUACCAUGGGAACUGGAUAUAGUGACAAUUAUCAGAAUGGAUUAAUUCCUCAGGUUAUGAAUGCCUUGUUCAACAAGAUAGAAACACUAAAACAUCAAGCAGAAUUUCAGUUGCAUGUCUCCUUCAUUGAGAUUUUGAAGGAAGAGGUGAACGACUUGUUGGAUACAGUAUCUAUGGGCAAACCAGAAACCUCUAAUGGCCAUUAUGGAAAAGUAACUAUUCCCGGGAAGUCACCAAUACAGAUUCGUGAAACAUCAAAUGGAGUAAUAACACUGGCAGGGUCAACUGAAGUUGCUGUAAGUACAUUGCAGGAGAUGGCUGCUUGCUUGGAGCAGGGUUCCUUAAGUAGGGCAACAGGAAGUACAAAUAUGAACAACCAGUCCAGUCGGUCACAUGCCAUCUUCACAAUUACAUUAGAACAGAUGCACAAGCUCCAUUCAGUUUCUCCCAGCAAUGACACUUCAGAUGCGGAUAUGGGUGAAGAAUACCUUUCAGCAAAGCUUCAUUUAGUAGAUCUAGCUGGAUCAGAACGAGCCAAAAGAACAGGUUCUGAUGGUAUUCGUUUAAAAGAAGGCAUACACAUCAAUAGAGGUCUUCUUGCACUUGGUAAUGUCAUAAGUGCACUGGGAGAUGAGAAAAAGCGAAAGGAGGGUGUGCACGUCCCUUAUCGGGAUAGCAAGCUUACUCGACUCUUACAGGAUUCACUCGGUGGAAACAGCAAAACUGUCAUGAUAGCUUGCAUUAGCCCUGCUGACAUAAAUGCUGAGGAAACUCUUAAUACACUCAAAUAUGCAAACCGUGCACGCAAUAUUCAAAAUAAGCCUGUUGCUAAUCGAGAUUUAAUAUCCAAUGAGAUGCAGCAAAUGCGCCAGCAGUUAAAGUACUUGCAGGCUGAACUCUGUUCUAGGGGAGGAGCUCCAGCUGAUGAAACUCGGGUUCUUAAGGAAAGGAUUGCUUGGCUUGAGGCAACUAAUGAGGAACUCUGUCGAGAACUUCAUGAAUAUCGCAGUAGAUGUGCUUUUGUAGAGAGAUGUGAAAUUGAUGAACCAGAUGGACAUAUUUAUCUCGUCAAAAAUGAUGGGAUUGAGAGACACUUUCAGAGCUCAGAUUCAUCUGACCAUCCCAUGACUGAAAGUAUAUCAGGGGAGGAAUCAAGGGAAACUGAUGAAGCAGCAAAAGAGUUCGAGCAUGCACUCUUGCAGAAUACCAUGGAUAAAGAGAUGAAUGAGUUAAAUAAGCGCUUGGAGCAGAAAGAGUCUGAGAUGAAGCUCAUGGGAGUUGAUACUGAAGCACUCAAACUGCAUUUCGGGAAGAAAAUUAUGGAACUUGAGGAAGAGAAAAGAAAAGUGCAGCAACAAAGGGACCGUUUGUUGCAUGAGGUAGAGAAUCUUGCUGCUAAUUCAGAUGGACUAGCACAGAAAACUCAAGAUGUUCGUGGCCAAAAAUUGAAAGCAUUGGAAGCACAGAUUUUAGACCUCAAGAAGAAACAAGAAAGCCAGGUUCAGCUACUAAAGCAAAAGGAGAAGAGUGAAGAAGCUGCAAAGCGACUGCAAGCUGAAAUACAGUAUAUCAAGGCUCAGAAGGUUCAGUUGCAGCAUAAAAUGAAGCAAGAGGCAGAACAAUUUCGACAAUGGAAGGCAUCUCGUGAGAAGGAGUUACUCCAGUUGAAAAAGGAGGGAAGAAGGAAUGAGUAUGAAAGACAUAAACUUGAGGCUCUAAACCAGCGGCAAAAACUGGUUCUUCAAAGGAAGACAGAGGAAGCAACAAUGGCUACGAAAAGGCUAAAAGAAUUGUUGGAAGCCCGUAAAUCUUCUGCACGUGACAACUCUGUUUAUUCAAAUGGACAUCUCCAGCCUGGACAGGUCAAUGAAAAAUCCCUCCUGAGGUGGCUUGAUCAUGAGCUGGAGGUCAUGGUACAUGUGCAUGAAGUCCGUGCUGAAUUUGAUAAACAAAGCCAAGUGCAAGCUGCACUGGAAGAAGAGUUGACUUUACUGAAACAAACGGAUCAGUUUUCAGAUGGGCAGAGUAUCUCCAUCGGAAAGAGCAGCUAUUCGACACUAUUAUCCAUGUCACCAGAUGUAAAAGUUGCGAGAAUAGCUUCUCUUGAGAAUAUGCUGGGCAUGUCUUCAGUUGCUUUGAAAGCCAUGGCUUCACAACUUACUGAGGCAGAAGAGAGGGAACGUACAUUAAAUAACCGUGGACGUUGGAACCAGUUACGCUCGAUGGGAGAUGCAAAGAAUGUGCUCCAGUAUUUGUUCAAUGCUACAGCAGAAGCAAGGUGCCAAUUGUGGGAAAAGAAUAUGGAACUUAAGGACUUGAAAGAGCAACUAAAUGAGCUUGUAAGAGUACUACAACAAAGUGAAGCACAUAGAAUAGAACUUGUAAAGGAGCAAAAAAUUAGGGAACAAGCUGUUGCCAUCGCAUUGAAUGCAUCAGCAUUGGAAAGCUCACGGUCCUUGAAACACCUUGCGGAUGAAAUGAGUGGUCCAUUGUCUCCCAUGUCACUUCCUGCACCAAAGCAACUCAAAUUCACCCCUGGAGUUGUUAAUGGAUCAGUCAGGGAGUUUGAUACAUUUCUAGAUGAAUCACGAAAGAUGAUACCCAUUGGAGAGUUGUCAACAAAGAGGCUAGCAGCUAUAGGACAAGGAGGAAAACUUUGGAGGUGGAAGAGAAGUCAUCAUCAAUGGCUGCUACAGUUUAAAUGGAAGUGGCAGAAGCCCUGGAAACUUUCAGAAUGGAUCAAACACAAUGAUGAGACAAUUAUGAGGUCAAGGCCUCGAGCACAAGCUUUGAUUAAUGUGAUGUGAUGUUCAGCUCAUACUAAGGGACAUUAUUACGACUAAUAUUGACCGCCGUGUGUUUCUACACGGCUUGACUAGAGUACAGAUAAUUGCAGGCAUGAUGUAAAUUGGAUGAGUUUCCUGGUAUUUGUCAGGGCCUUUUUGCUGAGAUACAGUUUGGUUGUUGGAGAUAGUACAGUUAUGGUUCUGUAUGAAAGUUGUAACAACACAUGGUAGGCGUAUGCUGACAUUGACAAUAUCAGAGGAAAGAACUAGUUUAGAAGGUUGAAAGGGAAAACGUUGCACUCCUUUUGCCUAUAAUAGAAUAUAUACUAUGCGAUGAAGCUGUUCCGUGUUAGUUCUGUAGUUUUUUGCCCCCCUUAAAUUUUGUAAAUUGUGAUCAGUACAACGGGAAUGUCUUGUUUAUACAGAUGAAAUAUUUCCCCAAAUUGCACGUGAAGUAUGAUCUUAGCUAAUUGUCUUAGUAAUUGAUGCUUU